AUGCCCUCACCGAAUCUCCGAUGGCUAACCGGCGAUAACCCGGACGCUCUAGCCACGGGACUCUCGUUCACCAUGCCAUGGCCUAAGGGCCGAUACCAGCCAAGCCAGACCUUCUCGAUUGAGACGGACGUCAAAAGCUAUCCCCUCGAUAGUCGCGAGCUGGCAUACUGGACGGACGGGUCUCUGAAAUGGACGGCGCAUUCCAUCAGUGGCCAUGCCGGGUAUAGCAGCGGGUAUACCGUGAAGGCUGCGACCGAGCAGGAGAUCGAGUCCCGAAUAUGGGCUGAGACGACCCCGGAACAUAUCAUUGUCUCCACGAAAAUCGGACUGAGUGUGCGAUUUCCGACUCAGAGUUCUCCGACAUUGUUUGAGAACAUUUCCUUGGAUGGACAACAAGUGUCCUCCGCCGCUACUGUGGUCUCGUCGAUCAACAACCACGAGUAUAGAACAGUCGUACACAAGAGUGCCAUUGAAAACCUCACCUGGGCGAGAGCAGUUGUCAAAGUCUCUGGACAUGUUGUAUAUGAGGGCAGCGAGCAUCUACCAUUCGACGUGCGAGUUUACCUCUACUCCGAUGCGCAGCCGCUUAAAGUCGUCUUCUCGUUCAUCCAUGACCUGCACCCCGAGGAACCGUUGAACUCACUCGGUCUCAGAUUCUCGGUACCAUUUCGCGGUAUCGAGCACUACAACCGCCACAUUCGCUUCAUAGGUCCCACAGGAGGGAUUCUGAGGGAAGAAGUGCAAGGCCUAUCAGGGUUGUGGCAUGGCCCUAGCAUGCAAAAUCGCAUCGACCAGACCGCCGGAAGAACCGUGACCCUUACAGAUGCCCCAUGGCUAUCUUCUGUUCCGUCCUGGAACGACUAUACCCUCAGUCAGCUAUCCCCCGAUGGAUUCACGCUAAAGAAGCGAACGAAACAAGGCCGUUCAUGGGUGAAGGUGACAGGAGGGAGCAGAUAUUCCGGCAUUGCAUACAUUGGCUCCGCACAGCGCGGUGGCCUGGCAGUGGGUAUGACCAAUUUCUGGGAGCAGUACCCCACCCAAAUCGAUCUGAGCAAUUUGACCACCGACAAAGCAUCAACAACGAUAUGGAUGUACUCACCUCUAGCAGAACCGCUGAAUACCCAUCCAUACCACGACGGACUCGGUCUGGACACCUACGAGGAACAACUCAAGGCACUCAAGGCCACAUACGAGGACUACGAGCCCGGCUUCGGUACAGCCAACGGGAUCGGUCGAACGGCAGUCUUCUUCCUUCGACCAUACAGCAACGGGACCCCAUCUGACAGCGACCUAAGCGCAUUUUCAGCUCUAGUCCGUGACCCCCCUCGCUUGCUCCCCACCUCAGAGACCAUAUACAAGGCUGGCGUGUUUCACGGCACAUGGGCCCCGGACACUCGCCUCCUUGGCCUCAGCCCCACAGCCACUGAACUAAACAUCGAACAUAAUCUGAAUACCCUAUUCACCCACUACCAGCGCCAGGUCGAGCAACACCGCUGGUACGGCUUCUGGGACUACGGCGACGUGCAGCACACGUACGACCCCCACCGACACGCGUGGCGCUACGACGUCGGGGGGUUUGCCUGGGACAACAGCGAGCUGUCCACAGACCUAUGGCUAUGGCUGUAUUUCCUGCACUCCGGGCGAGCGGAUGUCUUUCGGAUGGCCGAGGCCAUGACCCGCCACACGAGCGAAGUGGACGUGUACCAUUCCGGCCGCUUCAAGGGUUUCGGAACGCGUCAUGGGGUGCAGCAUUUCAGCGACAGUUGCAAACAGCUCCGGAUCUCCAACGUGCUGUAUCGACGGUUCUACUACUAUUUGACCGGGGACGAACGAACGGGAGUCCUGAUCGCCGAGCUUCAGGACUGCCAGCAUGCGCUGCUGGGACUCGACGCCCAUCGGAAAGUCCAGCAGCACGGCGCGAUUUCGGAAGGAUUUGCACUGACGGACAUCUGUCUUGACGGGGGCGCGUUAGCAGCGUCGUGGCUUACCGCAUGGGAGAGACGGGAGCCGGGAUGGACGGAGGGUAGAGAUCGUCUGCUGAAAAUGCUUGAGGGCAUCGCAAACCUAGAAUAUGGGAUCGCUACGAAGGCAAUUCUACUCCACACGAAGACGGGAGAAGUGCGCACAUGUCCGCCUCCCACGCGACCGUAUGCCAUCUCGCACUUGUCGAUGCUAUUCGGCUUCCCGGAACUGGUAUCGGAGCUCGUCGACUACGCUGAAAGCGAACAUCCAGCGGCCGUGGAUGCGUUCCUGAAGGCUUACCUGACAUAUUGUCGGUCUUACAACGGCGGGGCGGAUGUUCAGCGCGAGGAGUACGGCUUCGAGUUCCCUGCUACAGCCACAUGGCGACAGAGCCACUCUACACUAACUGCUUUCGCGGCGAGACGCGGUGAUGACGCCGAAAUAGCCCGCGCAGCUUGGCAACAGUUCUUCGAAACGGAUGGGUAUACCAAAGACCACCAAUGGACAGUGACGCCGACCGCGGCGCCAACCUAUUUCUCCGAGGGUGAGGAGGCGCCCUGGAUUACGACAAACGAGGCAGCACGGUACGGUGUGUCGGCUAUAUUCAAUCUUGCGAACAUUCGCAAGUACCUCGACUAG